AUGGCACCGUUUCGACGAAAAAAACCGGAUAAAUCGUUUCCAGUGAAAGUGAUUACGUUCGAUUCUGAAUUGGAAUUUAAAUUAGAUUACAAAGCAACGGGCGGAACACUGUUUGAUUUGGUGUGUCGAACAAUUGGUUUACGUGAAACAUGGUUUUUCGGUUUGCAGUAUGAGGAUAAUAAAGGAUUUUCGACAUGGUUAAAACCCGAUAAAAAAGUUCUCGAUCAAAGUGUUAAACAAACGAAUGGCGGCUGUAUUUUCAUGUUCUAUGCAAAAUUCUUUCCGGAAGAUGUGAACGAAGAGCUUGUCCAAGAAGUAACACAACAUUUAUUUUAUCUACAAGUGAAACAGGCCAUCCUAUCGAUGGAUAUUUAUUGUCCGCCCGAAGCGGCUGUACUGUUGGCAUCGUAUGCGGUACAAGCCAAAUAUGGUGACAGUGACGGUGAUGGAUGCGAACCAAACAUGUAUAAUAACGAAAGUCUUUUACCGCAACGCGUAAUCGAUCAAUAUCAAAUGACACCGAAAAUGUGGGAAGAACGAAUCAAAACAUGGUAUGACGAUCACAAAGGGAUGUCACGCGACGAAGCCGAAAUGGAAUAUUUACGAAUUGCUCAAGACUUUGAUAUGUAUGGUGUCAAUUAUUUUCCAAUCAAUAAUAAGAAAAAUACCGAACUAUGGCUGGGCGUCACAUCGAUGGGUUUGAAUAUCUACGAAAAAGGUAAUAAAUUACAGCCACGAACAACAUUUCAAUGGUCAGAAAUUAAGCAUAUUAGUUUUGAUGAUAAGAAAUUCACCAUUCGACCUAUCGACAAUAAAUCACCAAAUUUCGUAUUUUAUUCACAAAAAUUGCGUAUCAAUAAAAUGAUAUUGGACUUAUGUAUCGGUAAUCAUGAUUUAUUUAUGCGACGUCGUAAACCGGACACAAUGGAAAUUCAACAGAUGAAAGCUCAAGCCAAGGAGGAAAAACUGCGACGUCAAAUCGAAAAGAAAAAAUUGGCCAAAGAAAUUGAGCUGCGAAAAAUUGCCGAAUUUGAAAAGCAACAAUUGGAACAGCAACUGAUUCAAUUAAAAAAUGAAGUACGAAAUGCAAGUGAGGCUUUGCGACGUUCAGAAGAGACGGCCGAAAUUUAUGCGGAAAAAAGUCGAUUAAAAGAAGAAGAAGCACUGUUAACCGAACACAAAGCGCACACAUUCAAACAGGAAAUGGAUCGUUUGCGCGAAAGUCAUAUGAAAACGGAAAAGGAAAAAGCCGAACUCGAGCAAAAAAUUCGUGACUCGGAAUUUUGUGUACUUCAUUUGACGGAAGAGAAAGACAAACGAAUCGCCGAAGCGGAUAAAUUGAAAAAUGAAUUGAUUUAUGCACGCGAACGUGAACGUGAAGCGACAAAAAAAUUGCUUAACUUUUUGAGCCGAUCGGUGGCUCAAUGUUCCAUGGAAUCGAUAACCACAUUGACCAAUUCAAAUCCCGAUUCGACUGCAUUCGAUACCGAUUUAACGUCGUGCGAUUUAAUUGUGGCCAGCGGUGAUAUGCAACAAAUUACAAACGAAAUUGAAAAGAAUCGCGUCGAAUAUAUGGAGAAAUCAAAACAAGUGCAAAAUCAAUUGCGUACACUUCGUUCCGAAAUUGAAUUGCUGAAAAUUGAAGAGAAUCAAUGUGCCUUAGAUAUAAUUAGUGCCGAACAAAUGCGUAGCGGUGAAACGAAAUACUCAACAUUAAACAAACUCAAGUCCGGAUCGACAAAAGCGCGAGUGGCUUUUUUCGAGGAACUUUGAAAAAUAGACAACCAUCUUGUCCAAUUUUUUAUUGACGCACACAUAAAAUGGACUAGAAUCAGGUUUUAGAGUUUGUGUUUAAAAAUAAAUAAAUAAAUUUCUCGACUAAAUUGAGCACAAUUUUUUUAUCGAUACACAUAUAUUUACGUUAGAUAUGAUUGAUAGAAUUAUUAAUGAUAAAAUCAACUUGAAUUCAUGACAAAUGCCAGGACAACGAAGAUGUAGAAGAAAAAGCACAGUAGUUUCUAAAUUGCGAAAACCAAAAUUAAUAGCUAAUGCCAUUUGAAUUUUAGAAUUUAAAUUCAUCAAUUGAAGCAAAAAUAAAACUAAAGAAGAAAAUUUAGCGAAGAUAGUCGUUCAUGCAUGUAAAAAGUAUUUUGAAUUGUCAUAGAAAUAUCUAAUUAUGGUACUAAUAUGUAUAAUUUAAUGCAUGAAAUGUUUUUUUAAUGGAUUGUUACUCAUUCUGUUACUAUGCUACACACUUGUAUUGUCAAUUUUGUGCCUUCAACAAUGUUUGAGACCAUUAAAUUAGUUUUAAGAAAAAUCUAUUUUGUUAUACUGUAUCAGAACAGCACACGUGCACUGCGCCACAAAACAAUAACACAAUUUUUUUGUCCAAAAGACCAUUGGAGAUUGACUGAGAAAAAAGGAUAAAAAUAAAACACUAUUUUUUAUACAUAUUUUAAAAACUAAAACAUAUUUUACAUUGAGUCAAUUUUACACGUACACACAUAUAAAAAAAACUCUAUUCUUAAGAAAAAAAAAACAAACGAGCGAUAGGAGGAAAAGAAGUGUAUUCCGUUUUGUUUCCUCGAAACUAUGUAUUUUUUUAUUGUAUAGAAAAUUCUAUUAAAAACCACACAGUGUCAAUUUUAUAUAAGCUAAUCAUAAUGAAUGGAACCCAAUUUCAUCCACAUUCAAUUCAGUGACAUUUGAAAUUAAACCACAAACACCAGCCAUUUUAAAUUAUCAAAUUGAAUAAAUAAUAAAAAAAAAAUUUCAAACCAUAAAUGAAUGGUAGAAAAUAAAAUUUACACAUAAA